AUGCCCUUAUUCAGCAAUAAAUUCACCCCAAAAACGAUUCCCGUAAGAAAACAUGAUACUUCUGUUAUAAAAAACGAGUUGGGUAGUGAUUAUGCAUUAAGAGAAUUAUCCAUAGAUAUUGCACCUCUCAAGUUGAAAUUAGGUGAUAUUGAAUUAUCUUUUGAGGAAGGACAAUGGAUGCCGGCAUCAGGUAGGGCGGGCGCCGCACAUAAAGAAAAUGUACGCCUCAAAAAAGAAUUAGAACAACUCGAGGAAGAAAAUAAUAUGUUGCGUUUAAAAUUUGAAAUUUUACUAGACAUGAUGACAGAUAAAACGGUAGAAGCUGAACAGCAGGAAAUGCAAAGAGCCCAAAGUUUAGGCUCUUUAAAAUCAAAGACGAAAAAACAGAAA